GGGAAACAGGCCCUGCCAUUUUUGGGGUGCAGGGGCAACAGGACCCUGACCCCUCUUUGUGAUGUCAUGUUUUGAUGCAGUUCAUCACCCUAAUAAACCUCUGGUCCAGGACAGCAGCCACCCAUCUGGUGAGUGACCGGCGCUCAGUCAGCUGUCUUGAUCCAGUGAAGAAAAUGGCAUGCCUCUGACUGUCUGGGGGACAGGAAAGCCCAGGAGGCAGUUCAUUUACUCUCUGGAUUUGGCUCGGCUCUUCCUGUGGGUCUUGUGGGAGUACGAUGAAGUGGAACCCAUCAUUUUGUCAGUUGGAGAAGAAGACGAGGUCUCUAUUCGGGAAGCGGCCGACUGCAUCGUGAAGGCCAUGGACUUCAAAAGCGAGCUCCUUUUUGACACGACCAAGUCGGACGGGCAGUUCAAGAAAACAGCCAGCAACAGCAAGCUGAAGCGAUACCUUCCGGAUUUUAAGUUCACGCCCUUUGAACAAGGUAAGAAACGCUUGGAUCUUGCCCCGGCGGCAGCCGCCAGGAGAAAAGAAAAGCGAUCCUUCGGGCCUUCCGAGCCCUGCGGCAUUUG